UUCCUCUCUCUUUUUCAAAUAUUCCUCUCAAAGACUCCACCUUUUUUCAACUUUUUUUCUCCAUUUCUUGUGUUUUUGCUGCUUUACUUUGUUCUCUGUUUUGCCCACAAGCAGAAAAACACACACACUCACACAGAGUGAAAGGAAUUAAUGGGUGACAUCGUACACCUGCCCAUGGAGCAGCUUCAGGACCUCGAGUACUGCAUUGAUUCCAAUCCCCCAUGGCCUGAAACCAUUUUGUUAGCAUUUCAGAAUUACAUUUUAGUACUCGGCACAAGUGUGAUGAUUCCCACAUUACUUGUCCCCAUGAUGGGGGGUACAGAUGGGGACAAAGCACGGGUAAUCGAGACAUUGCUAUUUGUGGCUGGCAUUAACACUCUCCUUCAGGCACUCUUUGGUACUAGGUUACCUGCUGUCGUGGGAGGGUCUUUUGCUUACAUUGUCCCCGUUGUGUAUAUCAUCCACGACUCGUCUUUGCAGCAGAUUAAUGAACCUCAUAUACUAGGAAAUUGUGUCGAAAUUGGCCUGCCGACUCUUUUCUUAGUUAUCGGCUUGUCACAGUACCUAAAGCAUGUUAAGCCACUGAGUGACUUCCCGAUAUUUGAACGUUUUCCCGUAUUAGUAAGUGUGGCCAUUAUGUGGAUAUACUCGAUUAUUCUCACAGCUAGUGGAGCUUACCGAGGGAAACCUCAUGUUACCCAACUUAGUUGCCGUACGGACAGGGCAAAUCUUAUAUCCACGGCUCCAUGGUUCAAGUUCCCGUAUCCUCUUCAGUGGGGUCCACCGACUUUUGCAGCCGGUCACGCUUUUGCCAUGAUGUCUGCUGUUCUUGUGUCGAUGGUCGAGUCAACAGGAGCAUACAAAGCUGCAUCUCGUCUGGCAAUCGCGACUCCACCACCUGCCUAUGUACUCAGUCGAGGCAUUGGUUGGCAGGGCAUAGGUGUUUUGCUCGAUGGUCUUUUUGGAACACUAGCUGGCUCUACAGUAUCCGUGGAAAAUGUGGGACUCCUUGGAUUAACUCGGGUCGGAAGCCGUAGAGUGGUUCAGAUUUCAGCUGGCUUCAUGAUAUUCUUUUCUAUCUUAGGCAAAUUCGGAGCUGUUUUUGCAUCUAUACCAUUUACGAUAUACGCUGCAAUAUAUUGUGUUCUAUUUGGCCUUGUAGGUUCGGUUGGCUUAUCAUUCCUUCAAUUCACUAACAUGAACUCAAUGAGGAACCUCUUUAUAACGGGUCUUUCGCUUUUCCUCGGCAUCUCUAUUCCUCAAUUUUUCGACGAGUAUUGGUCAUUCACUCGUCGUGGGCUCGUUCACUCUAAUGCUGGAUGGUUCAAUGCAAUCUUGAACACCAUUUUCAUGUCGCCCCCAACAGUCGGGUUAAUCAUAGCCGUGUUUCUCGAUAACACAUUGGAAGUGGAGAAGUCGAAGAAGGAUCGAGGCAUGCCGUGGUGGGUUAAGUUUCGAACGUUUAGAGGCGAUAAUCGGAAUGAAGAGUUCUACACAUUGCCAUUCAAUCUCAAUAGAUUUUUCCCUCCCACAUAGACUAAAUAAAGCCUUUUUUCUCUCACUUUUUUAGGUCCCUUUUGAGAAAAAUGGCUUUAUGGGGUUUACUUGUUAGCAAUGGUUUUAGGUUUGAGGUGCUCUUAGAGCUAAGUUUACAUUUU